UGACAAGUGACAAGUGACACAAAAACAUAACCAAAACCCUGUUAUGUGCUGCGCAAAUUAAACAAGAAAUGGCAAGCAGCACCCAAAGCCUGCCCGUUUCCCAGAUCCUCAAAUCAAAAAGCGAAAUCGAAGAUGAGCCGAAGAAAAAGUCGCGCGAAGACUGGCGCAAAGCCAAAGAGCUCGAAGAAGCGCGAAAAGCGGGCACAGCCCCCGCAGCCGUCGACGAAGAAGGCAAGGACAUAAACCCCCACAUCCCCCAAUACAUAGCCUCAGCGCCAUGGUACUACGGCACCCAGGGCCCCACACUCAAGCACCAGCGGCCACAGGAAGACAAACAGGACAAGUUUUCGCAGUUGGACGAGUGGUACAAACGCGGAGUCGACCAGACAAAGCUCGUCACGAAAUACCGAAAAGGGGCGUGCGAGAACUGCGGCGCUUUGACCCACAAGCGCAAGGACUGCAUGGAGCGGCCCCGCAAAGUGGGGGCCAAGUUCUCGGGGGCGAACAUCGCGGCGGACGAGUUCAUCCAGAAGAAGCUGUCUUUGAGUUACGACGGGAAGCGCGAUCGCUGGAGCGGGUAUGACCCAUCGGAGCACAAAGCGGUGAUCGAGGAGUUCCAGAAGGUGGAGGAGGCGAAACGACAGUUGAAAGCGGAUAGGUUAAACGCGAACAACGAAGACAGUGAUGAUGAGAAGGACGAGGACAAGUAUGUGGACGAAGUGGACAUGCCGGGGACCAAAGUUGACAGCAAGCAGCGAAUUACUGUGAGAAAUUUGAGGAUAAGAGAGGACACUGCCAAGUAUUUGAGGAAUUUGGACCCGAAUUCGGCCUACUAUGACCCGAAAACGCGCUCUAUGAGGGAGAAUCCGAAUCCUAGUACGGAUGAACAGUAUCACGGUGAAAAUUUCGUGCGAUUCACCGGGGACACCACCAAACAUGCCUCAGCUCAGUUGUUUGCUUGGGAAGCCUAUGAGAGAGGCGUUGAUGUUCAUUUAUUAGCAGAACCCACAAAACUUGAGCUUUUACAAAAAGAAUACGAAAAGAAGAAAGAACAAUUCAAGUCAAAGGUACAAGGAAACAUUUUAGAGAAAUAUGGGGGCGAAGAGCACCUGGAGGCACCUCCUAAGACCCUUCUUCUUGCACAAACCGAAGACUACGUUGAGUAUUCUCGAUCAGGCAAAGUGAUAAAAGGGCAAGAAAAAGAAGUGAUCAAGUCCAAAUAUGAAGAAGAUAUUUAUAUCAAUAAUCACACUUCUGUUUGGGGUUCUUAUUGGCGAGGGGGACAGUGGGGCUAUAAAUGUUGUCAUUCGUUCGUCAAGAAUUCGUAUUGUUUGGGAGAAGCGGGCCGCAGCAAUGACAAUCAACCACCCCCAGUUACCACCCCUGAAGCAACUAACGAAAAGGAAGAAAGCAGCGAGAGUUCAUCUGAAAGUAGUUCAGACGCAGAGGAAAAGAACAAGAGCGAAAGAAAGAAGAAAAAGAAGAACAAGAAGAAGAAACAAAAAGAAAAGCGCAAACAGAAGAAACAGGAGAAGGAUAAACUGAAAGAAGCGUUGGACGCAGAGGAGAUGAAUCAGAAAGCAGCUGACAGAUUGUUGUCAAUAGAUGAAAGAAAAAGACCCUACAAUAGCAUGUUUGAGGUUAAGAAACCCACAGAUGAAGAACUGGAAGCUUAUUAUAUGAAAAGGAGACGCGACGAGGAUCCAAUGAACCAGUUUAUGUAGUAAUUUGUAACAUAUGAAAACUAAUAGAAUUAACACCUAGUUAGCUGUAAGAUGG